CAUAACGACAACCAGGCAUCGCUGGUUCUACGCAUAACGACAACAUCACGACUUGACUUCUUCCUGGCAUCUUGCGAUACCGUCCUGAAGCAUAGACCUUGCAUGACUGGCCGACAACCAGCACUUGCCUCGCGAAACCCCGCCGACAGCUGACAAUAGCCGGACGCCCUUUGUAUGGGCGCAUACCAGUAAUCACCACACCCACGCUCGAACUAGAGCACGUCAAAUAUGGCAGUAAACAGGCUGCGGAGUGCGCUGGGCUCGGCACGGAAAGGAGAGACAUUCGAGCUGCGCUCCGGUCUGGUCUCACAAUAUGCCUGGGAAAGAAAGGAGUCCAUACAAAAGACCAUAAUGUCCAUGACAUUAGGGAAGGAUGUAUCAUCACUAUUUCCUGAUGUUCUGAAGAACAUUGCGACACCAGAUCUGGAUCAGAAAAAGCUUGUGUACCUUUAUCUCAUGAACUAUGCAAAGUCGCAUCCGGACUUGUGUAUAUUGGCGGUAAACACUUUUGUGCAGGAUUCAGAGGAUCCGAACCCGCUUGUUCGAGCACUCGCCAUACGAACGAUGGGAUGCAUCAGAGUCGAUAAGAUGGUUGACUACAUGGAGGAACCGCUACGAAAAACGCUGAAGGAUGAAUCCCCAUACGUGCGGAAGACUGCUGCACUGUGCGUGGCCAAGCUGUUUGACCUGAAUCCCUCCCUCUGCAUCGAGAAUGGCUUCCUAGAGACGCUGCAAGAGAUGGUCGCAGAUAGCAAUCCUAUGGUGGUUGCGAAUUCGGUGCAGGCGCUUUCGGAAAUCGACGAGGCUGCACCGGAAACAAGAGCGCUGGUUGUGACGAGCCAGAUGCUGAAGAAGCUGUUACUGGCCUUGAACGAAUGUACGGAGUGGGGUCGCAUAACGAUAAUGACCACGUUAGCGAAUUACAGGCCGCAGGACACGAAAGAGGCAGAGCACAUUUGCGAGCGAGUGAUACCGCAGUUCCAGCACGUCAACCCAUCUGUGGUCUUGGCAGCUGUCAAGGUUGUGUUUCUGCAUAUGCAACACGUGGAGAAGGCCUCACUUCACGCCACAUAUCUGAAGAAGAUGUCGCCGCCGCUUGUGACUCUAAUCUCAAGUCCUCCAGAAGUGCAAUAUGUCGCGUUGCGAAAUAUUGAUUUGCUGUUGCAGAAGCAACCGGGGAUCCUCGACAAGGAGAUGCGAGUAUUCUUUUGCAAGUACAACGACCCUCCAUACCUCAAAGUGCAGAAGCUGGAAAUCAUGGUCCGGAUAGCAAAUUCGCAGAAUGCCGACCAAUUGCUUGCGGAAUUGAAGGAAUAUGCCAUGGAAGUGGACGUUGACUUUGUGCGAAAAGCGGUUCGCGCCAUCGCUCAAGUCGCCAUCAAGAUCGAAGAAUGCGCAGAGAAGGCAGUGAACGUCUUAUUGGAGCUCAUCAACAUGAAGGUGGGAUACGUGGUGCAAGAAGUCAUCGUGGUCAUCAAGGACAUUUUCCGGAAAUACCCAGGAUAUGAAGGCAUAAUACCAACCCUUUGUCAAUGCAUUGAUGAUCUGGAUGAUUCGAAUGCGCGAGGCAGCUUAAUUUGGAUCGUCGGCGAGUACGCGGAGAAGAUCUCGAAUGCUGGAGAUAUCCUGGCAGGAUUUGUGGAAGACUUCAACACGGAGUUCACACAGACGCAACUUCAGAUCCUCACAGCAGUCGUGAAGCUGUUCUUGAAGAAGCCCGAUCAAUCUCAAGGGCUUGUCCAGAAGGUGCUUCAGGCUGCGACUGCUGAGAACGAUAACCCUGAUGUUCGAGAUCGAGCAUACGUCUACUGGCGAUUACUUUCUUCUGACCCUCAAAUCGCCAAGAAUAUCGUGCUUUCCGCCCGACCGCAAAUCACCUCAACCAUCCCGAUGCUACCAGCCCCCUUGUUAGAACAACUUCUUCCCAACCUUGCAACAUUAUCAUCCGUGUAUCACAAACCACCAAGAGCAUUCCUUGGCGCUGGCCGGAGUUCAGCACUGCAAGAAGCAGCUAUCGAAGAAGCGAAGCAAGAAGCCCGCGACAAUCCGAUUGCUGCUGCUGCAGUUUCUGCGGCCAUGGCCGGGAAAUCAGCACCGCAAGCACAGAACAACGCCGAGAAUCUGCUUGAUAUCGAUUUCGACGGCGCGGCUCCUGCGUCUAUGCAAAAAGCACCCGCCAUGGGUUCUUCUGGCCUUGAAGGUCUUGCCGGGACACCGCAGAGAGUGGCCAGCCCGAUGCAAGCAGGACCAUCCGGAGGCUUGGAAGAUCUGAUGGGUCUUGGUGGCGAUGCACCAGCGCCCUCGAGCAGUGGCGGCAAUGCCGAUCUAAUGAAUGGAUUCGCCGACCUCAGCAUGACCAGCGGGUCUGCACCUGCACAGCCGCAGAUGAAUGGUGGUGGGCAGAAGAAGACGAACGAGGAUCUACUCGGAUUAUUCUGAGGACCAACAUUCCAAAGUCGAAGCUUCUACGUUGGGAAAUAUCACAAGAUGGCCAUACUCCAGCAUGGCGGUCCAGGCCACGACUCCGCGAAUAUCCUACCCGACCCGCCCAGUUCUGCGCCAUCCUCACUCUCGUCAGCGUGCCAGCAUGCACGCACCAUACAGGUCAAUAGCCAAGACGUUGAUUCACUCCAUUGUCGGGGACAGGUCGAUUCAACAUGCCCUCCGUCAUCUCCAUCUCCUCGAAGAGUUCAGCUUGCCGGUAAUGUCUGACGAAACGUCUUGUUGGUGGAGAGGUGGUCGCAGGUGAUUCCGGAUCGAUCAUUCGUGCUGUGCAAUCAGCUGUUAGUCUUGAUCAUCGAAGGGAGAGAGGGUGCUUACAUCGACGACGGUUUUUACUACAGGCAAGCCAGAUAGUGCCAAGACUGGCAACCACGGCAAGAAUACCGAAUGCGAACGUUAAUUUCGAGUUGAGAUCCAUGGUCGUGUUGAAAUUUCUUGUCGGUAUCUGACUUCUACUUGAGGAGAUGUGAGGUGGAACGGGGAGAAGGGCAUCGUUUUGUACUGGCAAGGCGAUGUCCUACAAGUCUGUAAAUCGGGGUUUAACUUCGUGCCUGCCGACGAGCUGGUGUAGGCCGCAGCUGCUGCAGGUGGGCGAAAGCUCCGAGGUCCGCUCAUUGGUUUAUUCAUGAUUGAUGGAUUUGAUGGGGCUUAAUCAAUAUUGAAGAUCUCCAAGCUUGAACUUGAUUCCAUCAUGAAUGUG